AUGAAUAUUAUUAUGGAGAAAAUAAAUAGUACUAUUUGGAAUCAUCAUAACACUACGGUAAAAGAUUGGGAACGCAGCCUCAAUAUUAAUAAACAAAAAAAGAAAUUUUAUAGACACCAUCAUAAUUUAAGCUUGGAUUAUCCGAAUUUGAAUAUGGACGAUAAUCGACAAAGAAAUAAUUACGUGGUUUGUUUUAAUCCAAAUCACUCCACUCCUUAUAAUCGUAGCAGUGGAUUCUCUGAUAAUGGCGCCCACAUUAAAUGGAUGUCAAGUAAUUUUUUACAUUCAGGUUCUUGGGAAUCUCAUAGAGAUCGAAUUUGA